CGUGAUUCCAGUCACCUGACUGUCCGGGUGCACCCUGUGUGUUGUUCAAGCUGAAGCUGAGCUAGCUGCUUUGUCACUACGAAUGAUUGAAACGUUUUAUUUUAUUUCGCUUAAUUAAGCUGCAGCGCACAUGUUGUACGUAUUUAUUCUCAAUUUAGACGCACGUGGAGGCAGGAAGUGAGAGAGGUUCUUUUUCUCCCCCCGCGGGAAGUUGUGAUAGCUAGCCAGCCAGCUAGUCGGUAGCUAUCUGGAUAUGACGCUCUAGGUCUUCAUCUGUUUAUUAUAGUCUGGACUGUCUUGAAAAUAUCCGCAGCUAUUGAAAUACGGUGGUUUGAGUUGAGGUGAAUGCAACCAUGGCGUCUAUUCUCGAUGAGUACGAGGACUCUCAGAACAGCAGGCAAAGUGCGCAGCAGCACAGCCGCCUGUCAACUGCUAACAUCGGGAUAACGCACUCAGGUUUUGUGAACGUGAGGCUUGAGGAAGAGAAGCCGAUAUUCAAUAAGCAGAGGAUUGAUUUUACACCCCCCGAGAAGAUAAACCAUCUCUCAGUCUGCAACAAUCAGCUCUGCAUGAGUCUGGGAAAGGACACUCUUCUGAGGAUUGACUUGGCCAAGCCAGAUCAACCCAACCAGACGGAGUUAGGAAGGAAAGAUGACAGCAAAGUGCACAAAUUGUUCUUGGACCCCACUGGCUCCCAUCUGCUGAUCAGCCUGAGCACCAGUGAGUGUCUGUACCUCAACAGGAAUACGCAGAAGGUGCGCAGUCUGUCCCGCUGGAGAGGCCACCUCAUCGAGAGCGUGGGCUGGAACAAGCUGCUGGGCAACGAGACCAGCACAGGACCCAUCCUGGUUGGCACCAGCCACGGCAUCAUCUUCGAGGCUGAGAUCUCUGCAAACGAGGGCAGCUUGUUCAACAACAAUCCUGAUCAGUACUUCAGACAGGUCCACUCCCUGGAGGAGGAUGGUAAGCCUGCCCCAGUCUGCUGCUUAGAGGUGGAGCGGGGCCUUGAGAACAAGUACUUCAUUAUAGCCACCACCCGCAAACGCCUGUUCCAGUUUGUGGGUAAGGUGGCCGAGGGCUCGGAGCAGCAAGGCUUCAGUUCCAUCUUCAGCCAGAACCAGGACCUGCUGCCUAGUUUCCAGGAGUUCCCAGCCAACAUGGGAUACAGCGAGAUCACCUUUUACACCUCGAAGCUUCGGACGUCGCCCAAGGCGUUCGCAUGGAUGAUGGGUAAUGGAGUUCUGUAUGGCCAGCUGGACUACGUCAGGCCUGAUUCCCUGCUGAGUGACGUGAAGGUAUGGGAAUACACUCCAGACAUUGACCUUAAUCACAACAAGCCCAUCUCCAUUGUGCUGACACAGUUCCACUUCCUGUUACUGCUCCAUGACCGAGUUAAGGCCAUCUGCACUCUGAACGGACAUGUGGUGUAUGAGGAUGUGUUCCCAGAUAAAUUUGGCAGUCUUAAGAAAAUGAUCAAAGAUCCAGUUGGUGGGUUGGUGUGGAUCUACACCGAGCGGGCAGUUUUCCGGUACCACAUCCAGCGUGAGGCCAGGGACGUCUGGCAGAUGUACAUGAGCAUGAAUAAAUUUGACCUGGCCAAGGAGUACUGCCGCGACCGGCCGGAGUGCAUGGACAUGGUGCUGGCCAAGGAGGCGGAGCACUGCUUCCAGAAUAAGCGAUACCUGGAGAGUGCCAAAUGCUAUGCGCUAACACAGAACUACUUUGAAGAGAUAGCGCUUAAGUUCAUAGAAGCCAAACAAGAGGAGGCAUUGAAGGAGUUCUUACUGAAGAAGCUGAACAAUCUGAAACCGAGUGAGAGAACGCAGAUCACCCUGCUGGUCACCUGGCUGGCAGAGCUGUACUUGAACCGCCUCGGGCAGCUGGAGAGCGACGGCAACACCAUCAUAUUCCUGGAGACCCGCGAUGAGUUCCGCCAAUUCAUGAGCAGCUCCAAGCACAAGGAGUGCCUCUACAACAACCGCAGCACCAUCUACGACCUGCUUGCCAGCCACGGCAACAUGGACGACAUGGUUUACUUCUCGGUCGUCAUGCAGGACUACGAAAGAGUGAUAUCCCACUACUGCCAGCACGACAACUUCAGUGACGCUCUGGACGUGCUCGCCAAGCACUGUGACGAGAAGCUCUUCUACAAGUUCUCCCCCGUCCUCAUGCAGCACAUCCCCAAAAAAGUGGUGGACGCGUGGAUUCAGAUGGGCAAGAGGCUGGACCCGAAGAAGCUCAUCCCGGCUCUGAUGAACUACAGCCAGAUGGGCAGCACGCAGCAGAUCAAUGAAACCAUCCGCUACAUGGAGUUCUGUGUGUAUGAGCUGAAUGUGACAGAGGAGGCCAUUCAUAACUACCUGCUGUCGCUGUAUGCGAAGUAUAAGCCAGACUCUUUGCUGUGGUACCUGGAACAGGCAGGUACACACACCUCAGAGAUCCACUACGACCUGAAGUAUGCACUCAGGCUGUGUGCAGAGCACGGUUACCUCCGGGCCUGUGUCCUGGUUUAUAGGAUUAUGGAACUUUAUGAGGAGGCAGUGGAUCUUGCUUUACAAGUAGAUGUUGACUUAGCUAAGUCAUGCGCCGACCUGCCUGAGGAUGACGAGGAGAUGAGGAAAAAGUUGUGGCUGAAGAUUGCCAGACACGUGGUGCAGGAGGAGAAAGAUGUGAAGAAGGCCAUGAACUGUCUGUCCAGCUGCAACCUACUCAAGAUUGAAGACAUCCUGCCUUUUUUCCCAGACUUUGUCACCAUUGACCACUUUAAGGAGGCCAUCUGCAGCUCUCUGGAAGAGUACAACCAGCACAUUGAAGAGCUGAAGCAGGAAAUGGAAGAAGCCACGGAAAGUGCCAAACGUAUCAGAGAAGACAUCCAAGAAAUGAGGAACAAAUACGGCGUAGUGGAUUCCCAAGAGAAGUGUGCUGCUUGUGACUUCCCAUUGCUCAACAGGCCCUUCUAUCUGUUCCUUUGUGGUCACAUGUUCCACUAUGACUGCUUAUUCCAGGAAGUGACACCUCACCUGUCAGCCUACAAGCAGAAUCGCCUGGAGGAGCUCCAGAAAAAGCUGGCCGCAACCACGCAGUCCUCCAAAUCUCGCCACCGUCCAGUGCCCAAGGACGAGGGAGACACUUCCAGCCUGGGAAAGGGCAGUGCAGGCACAAGCCGCGAGCAGUUAAAGUCAGACAUUGAUGAUAUCAUUGCGUCUGAGUGCGUGUACUGCGGUGAACUGAUGAUCAAAACCAUCGACAAGCCUUUCAUUGACCCGCAGAAAUUUGAGGAGGAGAAAUCCAGCUGGUUGUGAAGACGGUCUUCUCUCAGCGUGAAAGAGACAUGACAGACCACCUUCUUUAUGUUGGUGAAAACGCGUCAUCCAUUGGAGUGGAUACAAUCAAUCGCCUGAACAAAUGUUGGCUGUGCCUACUGCUGAAAGCUCUUUACAAUACACUUAUUUUGUUGUCAUCAUUUGGAGCUAAUUGAAUAAACUUUGCACUAUCUGUAGAGAAAUGGACAUUGUGGGCAAUAGUCUACGGUGAUGUCAAAUGUUGCAUACAUGUGCCUAAACUGCACUAUACUUAUUUAAAACCAUUAACUGCAUUAUUACUCACUUGUUUGGUUCAUUGAAAACAUAACUUGCAUUAAAACAAAUCUGUGUGACCGUAGCGCAGUUCCAUUGAUCCAUAAGUUUGUGUUCAUCUAACAGUUAAAUUGGAGGAAGUUAUUUCAUAUACAUAUAGAAUUUGACUGUGGACCAUUAAAGCUUGUCAGACUGAUUGUUCUGUUGGUUUAAAGUGUAAUAAAUGUUUAACAAAUCA